UUUUAGGUCUGUUGCGUCGCUAUGGCUUCGCAUGUCCCAGAUUUCUUCUACAAGGAGGCGCUCCGGCUUCGAUAUGUUGCUCGAUCGGCCUUCAAGCUGGUGGAGAUCCAAGAGAAGCACCGGAUACUCAAGCCCGGAGCGGCCAUUCUGGACCUUGGGUGUGCUCCUGGUGCGUGGCUACAGGUGGCUUGCCAGAACUUGGGAACACGCGACCAAGGUGGAGUCGUUGUUGGUGUCGACACCAAAAAAAUCAAUGUUCCAGGAGACCACACUGAUCACCGGGUGAAAGCCAUUGCCGCAGACGUGAUGAAGAUCAAACCCGAGACACUGGCUGCCAUGACACCAGAGAAAGCAUAUAAUGUCAUUCUCUCCGACAUGUGUCCCAGUGUCUCAGGCAUUGGCUUCAAAGACGCGACGCUUUCCGCCGAGCUUGGCUCUCGAGCUCUAGAACUGGCGCUUGGCUUUCACCCUGAUGACGAGAGAGAUAGCACCAAGAAAGUAAAUGGCUUGCUUGUACCGUCUGGAAGCCUCGUGAUCAAGCUGCUCGAAGGUGAAGAGAGCCAAGGUAAGAGGAUUUGCUGCUCGGUUUUCCGUCCUCUAUCUCAUCUUGUACUUGUUCGUGUAGGCUUUCCGGACUACUGCAACAAAUACUUCAGAUCAGUGUCGUGGUUAAGACCGAAAGCAUCGAGAUCUACGUCGCGAGAAAUAUACUUAAUUGCAAAAGGCAGGAACCGAUGCCAAACGUAAAAUAAGAAAACACGAAUUACCUGAAGCUGGA